AUGAAGCAGAUAUUGCCGCUGAAAACAGAUCCAAUGUCAAAACGACGGCUGUCCAGAUGGCCGGCCCGCCGCACAACAGUCACAACCUGCACAGCGCUGAUCUGUCUUUGGCUCUUCACCUUAAUAUUGUAUCGUCGGGGAGAUUUUGCGCUGGAGCCUGACGAAUUCGACCAACACUCCGUGACACAGCAACUCGCCGACAUCACCAAGACAUACUCAUCCAACAGCACUAUCGCGCUGGUACUAGCCGCGACACAAUCGGAAGAUCUCACCUGGCUGCUGAAUUACUGCCGUGACCACGACGCCAUCCCCUUCAUCUACACCACCGACCCCAAACCCGCUCCGUACCUGCUCGUCCCCCACACCACCCGCGGCCGCGAAGCAGCCGCCUACCUCUCCUACGUCGUCGACUUCUACGACCGACUCCCCCCCUACAGCAUCUUCAUCCACUCCAAGCAAGACCAAUGGCACAACGACCUCUUCGGCCCCAAAACCAGCGUCGCGCUGCGCAAUCUCCGCAUCGAGGCCGUGUCCGCACAGGGCUACGUCAACCUCCGCUGCGAACACGACCCGGGCUGUCCGACGAACGUGCACCCGUGGUCCCCGACGCAGAUCGAUAUCGAUAAGAAGGAUAUCCGCGCGUACUUUCCCCAGGUGUACCAGACGCUGUUUGGCGUCGGCACGGAGCGCGUCCCCGAGCAUAUCGGGAAUGUCUGCUGCGGGCAGUUUGCCGUCACCAGGGAGCGGAUCCGGCAGCGUCCGAAGCGGGACUAUGAGCGCAUGCUGGCGUGGGCAGCGGAGACGGACCUGACGGAUAGCUUUGGGGUGGGGUGGGUGUUUGAGAAGGUCUGGCAUGUGGUUUUUGGCAUGGAGGAUAUCUAUUGUCCGCGCUUUGAGCAGUGUCGGUGUGAUGUGUAUGGGUGGUGUGGGCCGUUGGCCAAUGGGGAGACACUGCAGGCAGUGAGGGCGCAGACCUAG